AUGGCCACUGACGACCCUACCGCUCGCCGCCGGCGAAUCAUCGAGAAAGGAUCCGAUCGUUUGGCUCUCAUCACCGGUCGUGCCCCAAACAUACCAUCUCCUCCUUCUCCUACUUCUGCAGCUCAAUCCCAUCACUCUUAUACGUCAUCAUGCCCUUCAGCCAUUACCCACCUCCCAGAUCAAGUCGUUCCCUCCGAUGAAAACCGGGAUCCUUCUUUUAAAUCUGAAAGUGCUGGAAUCAAGAGUCAACCCGUUCUUCGCAAAUCCGAGUCGACGAAAAGGCCAGCCUCCAAACCCAAUGAAAAACGAUCAUCUCCAAAGAAAUCCCCAAAAUCCGAGUUGAAAACCUAUCUCUACAAAACUGUUGGCCCAAACCAGUUACGUCCCGCCAUUUUAGCUUCCCAAAAUACCCGACGCAAAUGUUCCUUCAUAGCUGGAAUCAUCACUCUGCUGUCAUAUGUCGGAUUCCCUAUUCUGGGCAGCUACAUUAUAAAGAACGUCAUAUUAUCCAGACCACUUUUUCUACUUCUGUUCAUCAAUGUGACCAUUAUGGUUGGACCUCUUGUUUUGGAUGCUGCAAAAAUGAUCGAGCAGGGAGCGAAUGGUGGUUCUUCAACGGCCGAAGCUGAUUUUCCUGAUCAUCUUGGCUCGCCUUUCGAGUGGGGUAUGUUAUUCAAAACGAGUUUAAGUGCUUUUUUCAUGGAUUCUUGCAUCUAUUCAGUUGUUGUCGUUUGUGGCAUUUCGUUUUUGAAGAAAUUCGGGCUGUAG